AUGGCAACGUCUUCUGUACAUGAACAAAGUCUAGAAGUCAGACCUAAAGAGUCUCCAGAAAUAUGUCCGGCGUCCACUGAACCAGUCCUGCGUGACAGUCCCACUGUCAUCUCUCAGUUCUCGUGCCGGGAGUACCUCACAUCAUUCUGUCCUACGCCUGAUGGAAAUGUCUGGCUCUGUGAUUGGAGAACAAGCACAGCAAUCCUCAUCAACAACAAAAGUAAAGUCUUACAGAAGAUAAAACACAAAAGUAACAUCAUUGAAAUCAGUCUGGACCCCACGACAGGUCGUCUGUGGUUCUGUUGUUGGGAGGAGAGAAUUAUCUACGAAGUAUUUACCUCUUCACCGGUUUCAAGGUUUACCACCGAUGCUAACCCACACAGUUUAUGUGUGACCAGGGAGGGACGGGUAGUGGUAGGUACAAGGAGUAAACAGGGGUACAAGGUAGUGAUGUACACAGCAGAUGGUCAGGUGUUACAUACAGCCACUGUAGAGAGUUCAGGGGCGGGUGCAGUAACGUUUAUUACACAAUGCCCUGUUACAGAUAACAUAGCUGUUGUUAAUAGUAAACUAAUCAGCGGAGAUGGGAAUGGCGUAAUUAACUACAGGCGUCAUAUCAUCGUGUACAACGCGACAUUCGAACCUCUGGUCCAUUACCGUGGGGAAGGGAUACAGGCAAGAGAGGCGGUCACUCCUGACAAGUUUGUUCCAUUCAGAAUUGUAUAUGACAGCAAGGGAAAUAUUGUUAUUGCUGAUUGGGAAAGGAAAACAAUAGAACUAAUAAGUGGAGAUGGGAAGUACAUAAAAACACUCCACACUGAGAAAACAAGACAAGGAGUAGUAGGCAUACAGAAGGGUGAUAUAUUGUGGUCCCGUUAUCAGUUAGAUAAAGAUAUGUGGGGAUUUAAGCUUCUCAAGUAUUACAGCGACUGA